CGAAGGUAGGCUGCAGCGUGUGUUUAUUGAUGAGAUGAAAGAAGAUGGAAGUGAGAAAUGAGACAAAGUAAGGGAAAAUAUUGAAAAACGCAAAAUUCUGCCGGUGAAAGAAGUGGAGUGGCUGUGAACCCCAGUCGUCACGAGAGCACGAGACCAAGAAGAGAGUAGAAGGAAGUCAAGAGUGAGACUGCAUUUCCACACCAAAGAACUACAGCUAAGAGGAAACUACAACACCUGAAAGACAUUUGGCAUCAACAGAGAAGAAUGAAAUUGCUCACUUUGGCCGACUUCUUCAAACUAAGCUGGGCCAUUACCACCAUCAACCUGUAGCCUGCCCAGUGCCACGUUACUAGCCUCACAAAUUCAUACUUAACACUACAUCAUCUAACCGAGAUGUUCAGCUGAAUCCUGGACCUGGCCUCAUUCACUGUGGUCUACAGUCUUCAUCUGACGCUGGACACAAGAAACAAGCAGGUUACAUCAGUUGCAAGGGGAUGACCGAGCGCAUUCACAACAUCAACCUUCACAACUUCAGCAAUUCUGUACUUGAAACCCUCAAUGAGCAGCGCAACCGUGGGCACUUCUGUGACGUGACUGUUCGGAUCCAUGGGAGCAUGUUGCGAGCCCACCGCUGUGUGCUGGCUGCCGGGAGCCCUUUUUUCCAGGACAAGCUCCUUCUUGGUUACAGUGACAUUGAGAUUCCCUCAGUGGUCUCUGUACAGUCCAUUCAGAAGCUGAUUGACUUCAUGUACAGCGGAGUGCUACGAGUCUCCCAGUCUGAAGCUCUGCAAAUUCUUACAGCUGCAAGCAUUCUACAGAUCAAGACCGUAAUUGAUGAGUGCACCCGUAUUGUCUCACAGAAUGUGGGCUUGGGUGGGGCCAGUGGCUUGCCAUUUAUUCCGGGGGACUCUGGACAAGAGACACCUAGAGGAACACCAGAGUCAGGGACCUCUGGUCCCAGCAGUGAUGCAGAAUCUGGCUAUAUGCAGGCUUCCUCCCAGCAGAGCUUGGAGCGUGUGUAUACUUCACUUUACUCCUGCUCUAGUCUUUCAUUGCAGAAUGGCACCAGGGAACGCUCCUACUAUGGAGGGACCAUUGUAGGCAGCUAUGACUCAGCCCUGUCUGUGCAAAAAGACCAGCAUGGUCAAGACCCCACAUGGAUCACCCGCAUUCAUGAAAGGACACAGCAGUUGGAGCAUUUUCUUGCAACCCCAGAGACGACCCAUUGUCGUAAACAGCCACGGCCAGUGCGCCUUCAGACAAGUGGUAUGCAAAUAAAGCAGGAAGCAGAAGAUGACUAUGGCUGCUAUGGCCAAGAACGCAAUGAGUUAGAGGAGUGCACAGAGGACACUGAUCAUGCUGAAGGUGUGGAGAGUGAGCCCAAGGGGGAGAGUUUUGACUCUGGUGUGAGCUCAUCAAUUGGCACUGAGCCUGACUCUGUGGAACAACAGUAUCUGGUGGGAUUUGGGCGGGAAGGGAAUGGGGAGGGGACACAAGGGGAGGAACCCUCAGUGCAAAUAGAAGUCAAUGAUUCCUCCCCCGAGCAGAAUGAUGCUGAUGACAGAGGUACAUCCCAGGGCACAGGUGACCUUAGCAUGCCACAGCCCCCGGCAAACCACAUCAUAUCGCCUUCACUGCCCAGUGCCCAUCUCUAUCUGCGUCAACCGGACGCUCUCACCAGCAACUUGAGGAUGCCCCUCACUCUGACCAGCAACACCCAGGUCAUGGGUACUGCAGGAAACACCUACAUGCCAACUAUCUUUGCUACACAGUCAGCUGGCAGCAACAAACCCUUCCUGUUCAGCCUACCGCAGUCUAUGGGUGGCCAGCAACCGCAGUUUGUGGCAGUGCCACCUCCCAGCAUGCCUCCUUUCUCCAACCAGUUGUCAGCCCAGCAGUCCUCGGCACAGCAGCAAACCAGUGGGAGCAUGGGACAGGGUGAGAAGAAGCCCUAUGAGUGCACUCUGUGCAGCAAAACCUUUACUGCCAAACAAAACUACGUCAAACACAUGUUUGUGCACACAGGUGAGAAACCACACCAAUGCAGCAUCUGCUGGCGCUCUUUUUCCCUGAAGGAUUACCUUAUAAAACAUAUGGUGACGCACACAGGGGUGCGUGCCUACCAGUGCAGCAUCUGCAACAAGCGGUUCACCCAGAAGAGCUCCCUAAAUGUUCACAUGCGUCUGCACCGAGGAGAGAAGUCUUAUGAGUGCUACGUCUGCAAGAAGAAAUUCUCACACAAGACCCUGCUGGAGAGACACAUGGCACUACACAGUACAGGUGGCAGUGGAGUUACAGUAGUCACUGGUGGAGGGGCAGGAGGCCCUGUCUCCAUCCCAGUGCCCAUGGCUGUUCCUGAGCCUGGAGCAGGAACAGUGGCUCUGGCUAUGCCUGUGAGUGGUGGAGCAGGGGGUGGGGCUGGAAUUGGCACGGGAGUAGGCGUGGCAGCUGAAGCAAGCUGCCAGGAGGGGACCACCUACGUGUGCUCCGUCUGCCCGGCCAAGUUUGACCAAAUUCAGCACUUCAACGACCACAUGCGUAUGCAUGUCUCGGAUGGAUAAGUACAACAAAAAAGAAAACAGAAAAUAGCACUAGAUUUUUUCUUAUUUUGGGGCAUGAAGAGUUAUGAGUAUAGACACUGGCACAUUAAGUUUCCCAAACAAGAUGCUCUUUUGGUAUUCUUAAAGAAAAUAAAGAUGGUGGCCUUAAGGCUGUGUAGUUAGAAAAUGGUCCACUGGCUGGACUCUUGCUACAGGCCUCUAAAUGUAUGCUUUCCUCUGAUUAUGUGUUGAACACUACCAAAAGGCCUACUAUCUCGAGAGAGCAAACACACAAGCAUACGCACACACACAUAAAAUGUAGAUUUUCCCAUAUAGACCGUUUUGGACAAUGUAAGAGUCCAAGAUUACUGUGGUAUAAUGGCCUCUUUCAAAAAAGGAAAAAAGUACCUGGCUUUAGCUUUUGUUUUGUUCCAAAAUUAAAUGAUGGUCACAAGUUUGCCUUUUGAUACUGGAUAAGAAAAGGAGAGUUAUUCAUAUGAAACUCUGUUAUUGUUUAUUAUAAUGAUACUGAGGGAUUACAAUGCAGCUGUUGUUAGUCAAUAUUCAUAUAUAAUGUGACUUCCUGCAAGGGGAUAAAGUAGUGAUUUUUUUUCUCCAUACAUUUUGAUGGUUCAGGUAAAGUUUACAUAAUAGGGGUUUGAUUAUCCAACAGUAUUUGAGCAAAAAUGUAAGGUUGUUAAGGUUUUUUAUUAUUAUUUGCAAACACUGCCACUAAUACCCUAGAAGACUGUUAAGGUAAUUUGACCUCUUCCACUAAGAAAAUGUGAGUUAAAGUAAAGUAGAAGGUUCGUUUUAAGUAAUUGUUUUUGUUUGUUUUAACUUAAGGAUUAUAAAUUUGCAGUUGUGGCAGCAUUAGACCUCUACAUGCUGCUCGGUGUGCUCUCCAAUUUGAUUGCUGCUCCUUUUUCACAUUGCUUCAGACUGUUAUCAGCUGCGGUUUCCAACCACCUUUUUAAAUAAUUACUUUGAUUAUGAAAGGCUUACCAAGGAUGAUGAUCACAGCUGUAGAUUGAAUUAGAAGAAUACUGUUCAUUUUUCAAUUGUCACAAUAACCUCCGAUGGCCUUGUUCCCUCAAACCUCUGUAUUUCCUGUCAGCAACACCGUGACUCAGCUGUUUGAGCCGGCUGUCCAAACAAAAAUGCACUACUUUUGACACAUUAGCCCCAUCUGGUGGAUUAAAUAGGACUCGUUUUCAUUUACAGGAAUUACAGGUAUUUUAAAAGACAUGAGGCUAAAGAAACAACAAAACAGCAGUUUUCCAGGUCACUUCAAUCAUUAUCAACAUACCACAACUUCCAGAUGGAUAAUGUACAUUCCCAAUUCCAGAAAAUGAAAUAGAUAUCCAGUGUGUAAAA